AUGCCGGUUGCGACACAGGCGUCGCUCAAGGGACUCACGUAUGACCAGCUGAAGCAAACAGGCUGCAUGCUGUGCUUGAAUAAUACAUACCAUCUGGGCUUGAAACCGGGGCAGGAGGUUCUAGACCAAGUGGGCGGCGCGCAUAAGCUGCAAGGAUGGGAUCGGAAUAUCCUGACAGAUAGCGGCGGUUUUCAGAUGGUCUCUCUACUGAAGCUCGCAAAGGUCACCGAGGAAGGUGUCCGAUUCCUCAGUCCCCACGAUGGAACCCCGAUGCUACUCACACCAGAACAUUCGAUUUCUUUGCAAAACUCGAUUGGCUCGGAUAUCAUCAUGCAGCUAGACGACGUCAUUGCGACUACCUCUCCCGAUCAUGCCAGAAUUCACGAGGCCAUGGAACGGUCCGUUCGGUGGCUAGACCGCUGUAUCGAUGCGCACAAGUAUCCCGAGAGACAGAACCUAUUCUGUAUCAUCCAAGGCGGUCUAGACCUGGAGCUACGGAAGCAGUGCUGCGCUGAAAUGGUUGCGCGAGAUACACCGGGUAUUGCCAUUGGAGGUCUAUCGGGUGGUGAGGCAAAGGAGGAGUUUUGUAAAGUGGUGGAUACGUGCACUGGACUCCUUCCAGAGCACAAACCCCGAUACGUGAUGGGAGUGGUAAGUACUAGGUGGCCCAUUCGGUUGGCAGUCUCUUUUAUUGACGCUGCUCAGGGUUAUCCAGAAGAUCUGGUUGUAGCAGUUGCCCUCGGAGCGGACAUGUUCGAUUGUGUGUGGCCGACGAGAACAGCCCGAUUCGGAAAUGCUGUGGUUCCUUCUGGCAACCUGAACCUACGCCAUAAGUCGUUUGCCGAGGACUUCCGACCUAUACAAGAAGGGUGCAGCUGUUCUUGUUGCCGGCCCCGAGAUCAAGGCGGUUUGGGGAUUACGCGAGCGUAUCUCCACCACCUAGCUGCCAAAGAGACGGUUGGAGCUCAUCUGCUCACCAUUCAUAAUGUUCACUAUUUGCUAAACUUGAUGGGAUCUGCUCGUCAAGCCAUUUUGGAAGAUCGAUAUCCAGCAUUUCUGCGCGAAUUUUUCGACAAUCUGUAUGGAGAUAAAGCGAAAUUCCCUGAGUGGGCUGUCACUGCGCUGCGUGGUGUUGGUGUUGAUCUGCUGGCAGACUAG